CUCUGCCGGGGAGAAGGAGGAGGAAGAGGAGGAGAAGAAGGUAGCUACAUCAAGCUGGGUGGCAGGCAGAUCCAAAGGGAUACCAUGAAGUUUCCAGGACCUUUGGAAAACCAGAGAUUGUCUUCUCUGUUGGAAAGGGCAAUCUCCAGGGAAGCCCAGAUGUGGAAGGUGGUGCUGGAGGCCAGCAGGGCUUCCUAGGCUGCAUCCGAUCCUUGAGGAUGAAUGGAGUAACACUUGACUUGGAAGAAAGGGCAAAGGUCACAUCUGGGUUCAAGUCUGGAUGCUCAGGCCACUGCACCAGCUAUGGGGCUAACUGUGAAAAUGGAGGCAAAUGCAUCGAAAAAUACCAUGGCUACUCCUGUGACUGCUCUAACACAGCCUAUGAUGGGACCUUCUGCAACAAAGAUGUUGGUGCCUUUUUUGAAGAAGGCAUGUGGCUGCGCUAUAACUUCCAGGCCCCAGCAGUCACUGCCAGAGACACAGGCAGCAGGGCUGAGAAUUCUGCAGACCAGCAGCAGCACUUGGCUCCAGACCUGGCCCAGGAGCAGAUCCACUUCAGCUUCAGCACUACCAAGGCACCCUGCAUCCUCCUCUAUGUCAGCUCCCUCACCACUGACUUCCUAGCUGUUCUGGUCAAGCCCACAGGAAACUUGCAGAUCCGGUAUAACCUGGGAGGAACCAGAGAGCCAUUCAAUAUUGACGUAGACCACAGGAACAUGGCCAAUGGACAGCCGCACAGUGUCAACAUCACCCGGCAUGAGAGGACCAUAAUUCUCAAGCUCGACCAUUAUCCUGCUGUGGGUUACCAUCUACCCAGCUCCUCUGAUACGCUCUUCAAUUCUCCCAAGUCGCUCUUCCUUGGAAAAGUUAUAGAAACGGGAAAAAUCGACCAAGAAAUUCACAAAUACAACACCCCAGGCUUCACAGGCUGCCUGUCUAGAGUCCAGUUCAACCACAUCGCCCCUCUCAAGGCAGCCUUGAGACAGACAAACGCCUCAGCCCACGUGCACAUUCAGGGUGAGCUGGUGGAAUCCAAUUGCGGGGCCUCCCCACUGACGCUUUCCCCCAUGUCUUCGGCCACUGACCCUUGGCACCUAGAUCACUUGGAUUCAGCCAGUGCUGAUUUCCCAUAUAACCCGGGACAAGGCCAAGCUAUAAGAAAUGGAGUCAACAGAAACUCAGCUAUCAUUGGAGGGGUCAUCGCUGUGGUGAUUUUCACCAUCCUCUGCACCCUGGUCUUCCUCAUCCGGUACAUGUUCCGUCACAAGGGCACCUAUCACACCAAUGAGGCCAAGGGAGCUGAGUCAGCCGAGAGCGCAGAUGCUGCCAUCAUGAACAACGACCCCAACUUCACAGAGACCAUUGACGAGAGCAAAAAGGAGUGGCUCAUUUGAGGGGUGGCUUUUUAGCCAUGGGAUAGGGAGGGAGGAGUUAAGGGAGGAGGGGGAGGGACAGAGCACCCUGCGUCAUACCCCUGAGCACACGCUUACACUAUCAGCACAAGCUGGGGAAGGCAAGCAACCCAAUACUCUUAAGACUGAUGGCCACACAAAAUAUACUUUUUAAUAUUUCUUUAUAGCUGAGUUCCCGCCCCCUUCUGUAUCAAAACAAAAUAAUACAAAAAUGCUUUUAGAGUUUAAGCAACAGUUGAACUUUGUAGGUACUAUCUGUCUUAUUUUGUGUGUGUUUAGAAGUGUUCUAAAAACCCGUGGUAACAGGGCAAGUUUUCUACAUUUUUAAGAGCCCUUAGAUCGUGGAUAUUUUUUUCUCAAGAAAAACUGAUACACAUCCAUGCAGCCUCUGACAUUCUCUUUCUUUUGCAUCUAGUCGACUUUUAAUGGGCUGUUGUAGCAACUAGUUUGUGUCCAAAUAAUAUUUCUUUUGGUGUCCCAUAAAAUGGAAAUGAGAAAAGGGGCAAAGAGCCUAUUUGCCCAGUCUUCUUCAAUGACACCUCAGUCUAGGCCAGUUUUCUGAAGGUUCCUGUCUGGCUUAGCCAGGGAAGGGAGAGUGAGUGGCCUGUCCUGCAGCAGUGGAACCAGCACAAGUGGAUACAAGCACCCAAGAAUCCAGCUAAUAAAUGUAUAUUGGGCUUAUUGCUUUUGUUUUUAUUGACUUCUACAUGCUGAUAUCCCAUGUAUGUAGUCUUAGACCUGUUUAAUAUCUGUAACUAUCAGCUAUAAUACUGUGGUGACCAACUGCUAUAGGAUUUCGCCUCUGUUUUAACUACAACAUAUUGGAUUGUAUGUGUCUGUGCCUCCAUGGGGGAUUAGAGCCAGAGGGAAUGUCUUCUUUGCUCUGUUUCUUUUAUAUUUAUAACAAAAAUAUGGACACUUUCUAGUGAAUGCAUAA